AUGUAUUUGGUGGGUUCUUCCAGACGUAUCAUUUGUUCUCCAAAAGCCCGAUAUGCUAUCAUCUACCAGCAGAAUGGUUUGGUACAAAUUGUUGAGCCUGAGAUCCUUGUGGAUGAACCUCUUGACAUCUACAAGUGCGCUAAGCUCACUGAUACGCUUGCUUCAUGUUACAAGGCAUUGAAUGAUCACCAUGUCCUUUUGGAAGGUACUCUCUUGACGCCUAAAAUUGUGACUCCUGGCUCCGAUGCUGUUGGAGAAGGCUACUCCAGAAAAGAUUGCUGA